CAAACAUUUUCAUCACUUAUGUUCAAUCAAAAAUUAAUAUAUUUUUUUACGAAGUGAAGUACGUGGAAAAUGAUGAAUAAUCAGAAACUUAUCAUAAUUAGAUGAUAAGCACGCUCAUUAGAAACUAUAUUCAUUUUAAAAUUGGAAAAAAUGGAAGAGUGAAAAUUAGUUAUCGAGACGUCUUUAAAUUUAUGUGAACAUAGAUUUCAAAUAAAAGAUGGAAUCUACCGCAAAAAAACCGAAGAAAGAAUUACAAGAUGAAGAAAUUCAAUUGAGGCCAUUGGCAAGUAAUGGAUGGUGGUUGAGUUAUCUCUUGUCGGCUGCAUACCUUGUAAAUCGUUGGAAAUAUGAGCGUUCCGCAACAUUUGAGUACAAAUUUUCAACGGUCAUUGCAUUCGGAAUGGCAUUGCAAUCUAUGGUCUUUCACUUUGCUUCACAGUUUCGCAGUAAAAUAUUUCUUUGGAUCUUGCGAAUAGUUCCAUGCGCUGCUGUGUCACUGCUGCUUAUCUUUUUUCUUUACCAAGAUGUGGUAUUCAGUUUAUUCAGUGGAUUCACAAUUGUAAUCACAUAUCAAGCGCUGUUUUCUUUCAUUUUGCGGAGAAUGCCUAGAAGUUUCACUUAUGGCGAAUUAACAAUUGUUACACAGGGUUUUAUGAUUUUUCUGAUGAAUCUGUAUUUCAAAUUACUUACUAUUGCGGAAAAAGCAACCGAAUGCAUAAAAGAUGCCAAUGAUACCGUAGUGUAUUCAAAUCAUUUUUGGAUCCAAAAUCACCGACACUUGUCUGACAUGGAGCAGUUAACUACAAUUCUGCAGAUUGGUUUGCUUGGCAUUGCAUUUCUGGUGGGCUGCUGCUAUUUUGUGAAAAUGUUCCAAGGACUAGCAUUUUACAUUCUUCUUGCAGCGAUUUGUAUUAUAGUUGUAUUAUUCCCGGUCGAUGAUCAAAUGGCAAUUUUGGUAUUGUUCAGAUUUCUUACUGAAGACUUACAAAAGCUAUGUAUGAUGAUUUUAUACAUCGGUUUAAUCGGAAUGACUGUGGCCACGGUGAUUUGGCAAAUGAAACGCGAUGAGCAAAGCAAUACACGUACCCGCAAAAUUUUCCAUUUAUUAAUUGUGCUGGUGUUCUUACCGGGUCUCAUUUAUCAAUGUGCAUUUUUAUUUGUUGCAUCUGGAAUCGCACUUGCCUUACUGAUUGUACUAGAAACGAUGAGAAUCAUUCAACUACCACCUGUUCAUAGUAUUUUGGAGCACUCAGUUCAAUGCUUCAUUGAUGAAAAAGAUUCAGGUGUUGUGGCUCUAACACCCAUCUAUUUACUUGUUGGUUGUUCGAUUCCACUUUGGCUGCAUCCAUGUCCAUGCGAUUUGACCGAUUCAGCUGGUUUCGAUUUGCUUCCACUAAUGGCCGGCGUUAUUUCAGUUGGAAUUGGUGACACAGCAGCCAGUAUUGUUGGAUCGAAAUUCGGUAAAAUCAAAUGGUCAACAAAUUGUCAAAAGACCGUUGAAGGCACAGUUGCCGGUAUUCUUGCUCAAGCCCUAGUGCUUCCAUUACUCAUUUACUUUGGAUUAGUUCGAUACAGUGCCUUUUUAAUAAUAAAAUUUGUUAUUUCUAUUACGAUAAGCUCUUUCGUCGAAACGUUUACCGACCAAGUCGAUAAUUUAGUCUUACCUUUAGUGACAUUUACAUUGUUAUCUGUUUGAAUAGUUCAAAUUGCAAAAUUAAAAAUUAUUUAUAUUUAUUUUUUCCACAAAA